AAACCUUGUUUAGAUUUCUCAGCCCAAAAAGUUCUCCACCUUCCUCCCCAAUUCAAAACCACUCUCUGAGAAAAGGAAUCAGUAAAUGGUUUCUUUGCUCGCUUCUUCCUUCCUCCCACUAACUCCUAAUUCCACCCUUCCACAUCGUUCCACAAAAUCAUGCUCAACGACAUAUCGAUCUCUGUUCGUCUCAGUCUCUUCUUCUUCUUCUCCUUCUGUAGAGGACAAAGAUAAUGCUAAUUCUUCUCAACGGUCAACAAGAUUGAUUACGUUUUUGGGCAAAGGUGGGUCUGGCAAGACCACCUCUGCUGUAUUCGCUGCUCAGCAUUAUGCAAUAGCUGGAUAUAGUACAUGCUUGGUGAUACAAACACAAGACCCUACUGCAGAGUACCUUCUAGGGCAUAAGAUUGGACCUUCUCCUGUCACAUGCAGCAACAACCUCUCAGCAGUUAGGUUGGAAACAACUAAAAUGCUUCUUGAACCUCUUGAUCGGCUGAAGCAAGCAGAUAAGCAUCUUAAUUUGACCCAAGGAAUUCUUGAAGGGGUGGUUGGUAAAGAGCUUGGUGUGCUCCUUGGUAUGGAUUCCAUCUUUUCAGCAUUAGCACUUGAGAGGCUUGUAGGGUUUCUUGGGAAUGUCGCUCAAACAAACCACCAAAAGGAUAAAUUUGACAUAGUAAUAUACGACGGUAGCAGCACUGAGGAAACUAUACGGAUGGUAGGAGCAAGCAGUAAAGGAAGACUUUACUUGAAAUAUUUGAGGAGCUUGGCCGAGAAGACUGAUAUUGGGAGAUUGGUUAGUCCGUCACUACUGAGGCUUGUUGAUGAGACCAUGAGCAUAAGCAGCAACAAGUCCCUUCUCAACGGAAAAAUGAGUUCAGAAAUAUUGGACUCUCUGGAACGUUUAUUGGAGAGAGGAGCUUCUGGCUUUUCAGAACCUUCUAAAUUUGGCUGCUUUCUUGUGAUGGACCCAAACAAUCCAGCUUCAGUGGAUUCUGCAUUGCGAUAUUGGGGUUGUACCAUCCAAGCUGGUGCACAGGUUUCUGGUGCAGUUGCUCCUGAUUCUCCCAAUUUGAACAGCGAAUCCAAAGGAAAGGUCAAAGAAAUGUUUUCGCCUUUGCCAUUUGCUUUUACUCCGAAUAUCUCAGCAAGCAGCCCUCUAGACUGGAAUGAAAUACUUCUAAACAAUGCCAGUGAAAAUGCUAGAUAUGUCCUCAAUCUUCCAACAAGUCGAUGCAUUAGCAUGACACCACCAGUAAAGUUUGAGGCAGCCAAAAAAUUAGUAACCCUUUUCAUGCCAGGUUUUGAUAAAUCAGAAAUCAAGUUAUACCAAUUUAGGGGAGGAUCCGAGUUGUUGGUGGAAGCAGGGGACCAGAGACGAGUUAUUCAUCUGCCACCGGGAAUUCAAGGAAAAGUUGGAGGUGCCAAAUUUGUUGACAGAAAUCUAGUAGUUACCAUGAUAUGAUGAUUAAUUGUAAAGCUUUCCCCUUGCAUAGAUCAUGCUGCAUUUUCAUCCCUUAACGUGGGUGCAGAACUUGAUGCUCCCGAUAUCAGUAAUGAAAUUUAUGGUGCAUUCUCUGGUAAAUACUGGUAUUAUCUAAGUAACAUAUGGCAGUGGUGCAUGGAGUUUAACUCA